AUGCGUCGUCGAGCUGACAUGGAUAUGGGCAACCACCGAGAUGGGACACAUGAGCGUGCCGCCAGAGACCAUGUCGAACAUGUAUCACUUCUAUCAAGGUGGCGUCCUUCACAUCAGAUGAAACUUCUAGAGGCUACCACUCCGAGUCGUGUAACUCCGGACGAAGAGGAGAACAGUCCGGCUCCAGCCUUUCCCCACCACUGCCCUGCCGCCGUCGGUGCCGCUGCCGCUGCCGCUGCAGUGCCGCCAGCUGAGUGUGAGCUCGACGUCGACAGCGCGCGGGGCAAGCACAAUAUAUCGCGCAAAAGAGAGCCGCUCGUCUCUGCUGAUCUGUCGAAGCCCGACGAAACUGAACCUUGCGCGCCUGCCUUCAUUGUGACCAAGCCUGACCACUCGGCAUCGAGCAAUGUCUGGCAAGAUCACCACAUUUCCAGCCAGCCAAACUUCGGCUUCCCUGUUGCGAAGUUCCCGAUCCGUUGGUCGUCGGCAUAUCAGAUGUACAGUAGCUUCCUCCGAUCGGCGCUUCCGAAGGACGACGGCCCCUCCUUCGAUAUGUGCUCGAAAUGCGUACGGUCAAUCAGUGGCUGA